UGAUGACGGUCCUUCAAUAAAAUAUUGUUAUUAUGUUCACGAGACAACCCGAUGAUAAUAAUAAUACGUGUUUCUAUUCUCUAUAUCAGUUUUGUUCCUGUCAAGGAUUGAAUACCGAGAAAUCCAAAGUUUAAAUGAUCCGUAAACCAUCCGGCAGUCUAACAUACUAUUAGUUAGUUCACAACGUACAGUGUUACGGGGGUAUGAAAACCAAUAUUGUUCGUGCGAAAUUCGACUUUCCGUGACUCUUAAUCACAACCAAAUUAUAAAUGCUGUGUUCCUGUUCUUCAGUCAGUCUUCAGUGAUUCACUACUGUUUGUUUUCAUUUACGUUACUUGUUUCUCUAUAUCAACUGAAAGCAAUAUGAGAUUUCAAAGACUAUAUCUGUUUAAAUACAUUUCUUUUAUAAGUUAUGUACUGAAAUCAUGUUUUACCAGAAUCAAAUCUCAAGAAAUACUGAAAGUUCUACUUCACAAUCUUCAGACUAGGGUACUCUUUGGCUCAGAAAUAUCUUUUGAGUGUGUUCCAGACAAUAUAUUGGAAAAACUCGUAUUACAGUGCUAUGAUGAACAAUCAAUUGUAAAGUAUUCACUUCAAAUUCACAAAUGUCUGUUUGUCAGUCAGGAAACUUUGAACAAAUUAAAAUUAAAAAACAUGCAAUGGGUGUUAGUUAAUGUUAAGACUACAGAGUCUAGUGCUCUUCCUGUGUUAUAUUACAAUAAAAUAAUAGUGUUGAAUGCUUUCGAAGAGUCCAAGUGUCUUUUGACUUCAACUAAUAUUUUUAAUCUGAGCAAUUGUGAUCAUACUGCUCAAGCUAUUAUGCUUCGAAUUAUAAAACCUUUAAGAGAUUAUGAGCCAAAAAUCACAAAAAAAGUAUCAAUUUCCGUAGUGAAACCAUUAGUAUAUCAUGAUAGUUCACAAAUAUUAUUGGAUAAAGUCUUUUACAAUUAUUUUUCUCUUCCAAAAUUUGUUUCUAUUGGUGAAUUAUUAAAAUUAGAUGUUAAAAAAUGUUAUCCAGAAUUUAAAUAUCUAGCUAAACCAUCUAGCAAUUCAAUUGUUUAUAUAAAAAUUAUCGAACUGGAAGGAAAAAAUGAGCAAAUAUAUUUUUACAAUUGUAAAAGUAGUUUUAAUAUAUCAAAUUUAUACAGUAAAUUAAAUGAAGUAAAAUGUUUCACCAACACAUAUUUGCCUGCAGAAAAAGAAUAUAGUAUAAAUAAUCUAAAAAAUCUAAAUAUUCACAACUAUAAAGAUUUUAUACUAAAUGUAAUUCCUGGUGGAAUGAAUGAUGAAGGAGAAUUGUUAAUGUCUUGGAUUAAACCAUUUAUUCUACAGAAACAUACAGAUUUUCAUUCACUAAAACCAAUAUUUCUUGUUUGUGGAGUUAAUGAAUGUGGUAAAGAAUUAUUAAUUGAAUCAGUAUCUCAGUAUCUUGGUUUAAAAUAUAUAUCUAAAUGUUGUUUCGACUGGCCUACAAAUAAUAUAUCUCAAUUAAAAAAAAAAAUUGAAUAUUAUUUUGAUGAUAUCCGAAAAAUGACACCUUGUCUACUGCACUUAGAAAAUAUUGAAGCUUUAUGUUUGUCUUCUACUAAUGAUUUAGAACAAGAACUUUUAGACAUAUUUAGCAAACAAAUACAUAUAAAAACAUCUAAACCAAUUGUAAUUAUUGCAACUGCAAAGUCUAAAGAAGAACUUAGUCCAGUGUUUUUAAGAUUAUUUCUACAAUGUCAUAAAGUUGGAAAUCUAAGUAAAACAAAUCGUGAACAACUGUUAAAAUGGAUUUUGAAAAGAGAUUCGAUUGCAUUAGAUGACACAAUGAUUUCAAACAUUUUAGAUCAUACUUCUGGUUUCAAUUAUAUGAACUAUAUGACUCUUUUAUUGAUGUCUUCAAAGCAUCAAAUGCGCACACAAAAUAAAUAUACUGAAAGAACACUGAAUGAACCUGAUAUAAUGUUUUCAAUAAAUACAAUAAAUGCUAUGUUUUCAAAGUCAAUUGGAGCACCUAAAAUACAAGUUGUAAAAUGGGAUGAUGUUGGGGGCCUGGCAAAUGUUAAAGAAGAAAUUAUGUCAGCAUUAAGACCAUCAGUACUUCAUAUGAAAAGAUCUGGAAUAUUAUUAUAUGGGCCACCAGGCACUGGAAAAACAUUAUUAGCUAAAGCUGUUGCAACGGAAUACAAAUAUAACUUUUUGUCAAUUAAAGGUCCCGAAUUACUUAAUAUGUAUAUUGGACAAAGUGAAGCAAAUGUUCGUGAAGUUUUUAACAAGGCUCGUUCAGCCACACCGUGUAUUUUGUUUUUUGAUGAACUUGAUUCAUUAGCACCUAAACGUGGUCAAAAUGGAGAUUCUGGUGGAGUAGGAGAUAGAGUUGUAUCACAAUUGUUAACUGAAAUGGAUGGAUUGACUUCAGAAAAUUAUCAAAUAUUUAUAUUAGGUGCUACAAACCGACCAGAUCUCAUUGACUCUGCGCUUUUACGACCUGGAAGACUUGAUAAAAGUGUUUAUGUUGGUGGCUGUGAUGAUAAAGAAUCUAAACUUCAUGUUUUAAAGGCUUUAACUAAGAAAUUUAAUAUGAGUUCAAAUGUUUACUUAGAAGACCUUAUCGAUAAUUUACCUCAACAAGUAACAGGAGCUGAAUUGUAUGGUAUGUGUCACAAUGCUUGGCUUCAUAGUGCAAGGAGAGUUAUUCAACAGCAAAUAGUAAAUAACAAAGAUAAACUGCAAGUAUUCGACGAUCAUUUAAUUGUAACUCAAGAAGAUUUUACAAAUGCAUUGAAUGAAAGUUUUAAACAAAAAUAACUAUUUUUACAUGCAUACUAUUAUACUGAAUUUCUUUAAGUAACAAGACUGAUAAUGUUUUAUAUUUUAAGAACUUAAGGUGUAUGCCAUAAUUAUGGUAAUUUAUUUAUAUUAU